UUUGGGCGGGACUUCCGGGGAAAAUUAGCUAUCCGGAAGUUUGCACUCUUGUGUCUUGAAAACAAAUGUCAAGAAGGAAACUAUCGAAAUGAAGUUGAUUUCUUAAGAAAACAAUUGAAAAUUAAAAUGUGACAACGAUACAGAAUUACUCAUCACUGCUUCGUAUGGUCCGGCAUAUUGUUAUGAAAGAGAUUUGAUAAGCGAUGUAAUAAAUGAGAACAGACACCGCAUGUGUUUUAUGAAGCUGGAGAUUGACAUAGAAGUUGUUGGGCCAUGCUCCGUAAGAGAGGUUCUGCCAUUCUUUGUGGUGCUUUUCUGUUUGUCGCCUGGAAUGCGAUCUUGGUGCUGUAUUUGUGGGGCCGACCCCUGUCUAGCCGAGAGGACAGGGAGCUGGCUGGAAAAAGAGGAGGGGCUGAUUUGGCUGGGGAUGUGAUCCAAAUGGCAGAAGCUUUUGAGGCAGAGCUUGAAAAGCAGAGAAAGAUCCUCCUACAGAUACAGGGUCAUCGGUCACAAUGGGAACAAGCCAACGACAAUGGUGUGAGCAGAGGUGCCCCCGCUCAAGUGGCGAUUCCUAUCUUGGUUAUAGCCUGUAACAGGGUCAGCAUUAAACGCUGCCUGGACAAACUCAUAGAGUACCGCCCCUCAGCCGAACUCUACCCAAUAAUUGUCAGCCAGGACUGUGGCCAUGCUGAGACUGCACAGGUUAUUGGUUCAUACGGCAGUCAAGUAAAACACCUGAAACAACCGGACCUGUCAGAUAUCUCUGUGAAACCGGAACACAAGAAAUUCCAGGGCUACUACAAAAUCUCAAGGCACUAUCACUGGGCUCUGAACCAAGUAUUCAACUCACUCUCCCAUUCUGCUGUUGUCAUAGUGGAGGAUGAUUUGGAGGUGGCACCAGACUUCUUUGAGUACUUCAGAUCCCUUCAUCCAAUCUUGAAGUCUGACCAUUCUCUGUGGUGUGUGUCUGCCUGGAAUGAUAAUGGCCGGGAUGGCUACGUUGACCCUGGUAAAGCAGACCUUCUGUACAGGACAGACUUCUUCCCGGGGCUGGGGUGGAUGCUUCUCAAGGAGCUCUGGGAAGAGCUGGAGCCCAAGUGGCCCGGGGCAUUCUGGGAUGAUUGGAUGCGUCAGCCAGAGCAGCGCAGAGACAGAGCCUGUAUUCGGCCUGAAAUUUCCCGAACUUUAACCUUUGGACGGAAAGGUGUAAGCCUGGGCCAAUUUUAUGACAAAUACUUACGUUACAUAAAACUAAACAGUGAAUUUGUGCCUUUUUCCAAGCUGGAUCUGUCUUACUUGAAGGAGGAGAAAUACAAGGAGAUCUUUGAAAAGCAGGUUUACAGUGUGCCUUUGGUCCGAUAUGAAGAGAUCCAGCAGGGACAGUUAAAAGGACCAGGACCCUUUCGUGUGCAGUACUCAAGCAAAGAGGGUUUUAAAGUGUUGGCCAAAAACCUUGGGGUGAUGGAGGAUUUGAAGUCUGGGGUCCCAAGGACAGGAUACCGGGGAGUGGUCAGUUUUCUAUCAAAGGGAAAGAGAAUCUUCUUGGCACCCCCUCCAGGAUGGAACAAAUAUGACCCCACCUGGAGUUGAUGACAAACAUCACGGACGGAGGAGGAAAGGGUCUGCAUAUUACAUGUAGGGCUAAUGUUAUGAGAACAGUUAGUACAACCCCUGGAAAAUGUUGUAUAUUAUGACACAUGGAUAUUUAAUUUUCCUUUGAAUAAUAUUGACAGAUAAAUGUAACCUAUUUGAACACAAAACAAUGUAAUUACCUUUGCAGUCAUUUAUUUAACAAAAAUUGACAGAAAAAAGGGGAAAUAUUAAGUAUAAGGAAAGAAAAUAGAACACCCCUUGUUCUAAGUGUUUUGAAAGAAAUUCACUUGGGCUAUAUUUUCUUACUUUAAGAACAUAACAAAGCUUUCUUGCUUCAACUGUAACGUUUCAGGGCUUUUGUCCAUGUAUGGGCUUUUCAAGUCCCCCCCAACAAUUCCAUAGGAUCUGGGCUUGAACUUCACCAUCUCAUAACCUUCAAUGUUUUUAUUUCUAGUCAUUCUCUUAUGGAUUGUGUUCAAGUGUUUUGUAUCAUUGACCUGUUGCAGUAUCCAUUUUUGGUUACUUCAGCUGUUAGAGAGCAGACUUUCAUUUUCUUUCUUUUUUCAUACCCUUCCAUGUUAUUAUCAUUAAUGGGACUCUAGUGUACUUAGAGACUAUAUAUUGAACAUCUCUGGCAGAAUUUGGUAGACUUUAAGUUUUCUGGAAUUUUCUCCAUGUGUAUAUUAUCUGUUGUACAGUGGAACGGUAGAAUUGAAAUUGCAACCACAGGCAUCAACAGUCUUUCUUUUAAGCACCCCUGAGAACUAUUUUGAUGUUGUUCUGAUAUGUCACCACACACAUGUAUGGUAAACACCAAAGUAAAGGCUGGACCUUCCUAUUUAAGUUGCUUUAUUAAGAAUAUGCACCUGUCUGGUGUAGUUGAUAAAGGUUUGUUUUUGGAUGGGAUGAUGAGGGUAGGGUGUUUUAUCUAUUCCCCAGAAGGCAAUUUCCUUUUUUAUCUUAAUUGCAUAAAUUAUUUCAAAGUGUAAUUUGUCUGUGUUAUUUUUAAAAUGUGUUUUAUUUUAUCUGUCAAUCGUGCUGAAAUUAGGAUAAAAUAUCCAUAUGUCCUGCUAUACAGAAAUACAACUGUAUAGACUUGAUUCCUCACCACACUGUAUAAUUGUGAGUGAAUGCUAGAUGUGGAGGUACUGUUUAGCUUUAAACUACAUUGUGGUCCUUAUGACAGAUGUCUCCAUUUUUCUCCUCAACUUCUGAAUUUUCCCAUACUGCUCAGGUUUUUUCAUAUUCUCAAAGAUAUAUAUUUUUACAAGGUAGGGUUGGGAUAGUGGGCUAGGUAGAAAUGUUAUUAUUUCAAAGAUGUAUUUUUAUAUUCUAUAAUCAUGCACAUGACAUUCAAUGCAACUUCUAUUAAAUAAUUUCAAAAUGA